UAACGUAGAGGUCGCCUUACGGAGCUAAAUAACAGACGGACUCGUUUCCACACAUUGGCUUAGAAUGUUGAUAAAUUACAGACAUGUUUAGACAAACUGGCCUCUCUAGACAAACUACAAUGUUAUUAAUUAGGUACGAAAAAUGAAGCUGAAUCUCGCAAUAACAUGUUAACGUAUUAACAUUACGUCAUAAAUACAAAACGAGCAACUGCUUUCUGAAGGUCCAGGUUGCUGCAGGACUCUAGGCUUGGACAAAUAACGGUCUAUUAAACCUGUCUCACGCUGGACGGUCUCACAGAACGUGUGUGCUUCUAAUGGACUUCUGUUCAGCCGAUAGAGCCUAAUCGGAUAAAUAGAGACGGAUUUUUGUUUUUCAAAUACACGUCAAGCAACAUGCCCCUGUCAGACUUUCUGGACAGCUUGAAGGACAACCCAUACUUUGGGGCAGGUUUUGGACUGGUUGGAGUUGGAACAGCACUGGCAGUCGGCAGGAAAGGUCUGCAGGUGGGGAUGAUCUUCUUCCGCAGAAACUACAUGAUCACUCUGGAGGUCCCGAGCAGGGAUAAGAGCUAUCAUUGGCUGCUGAGCUGGAUCACCAAGCACGCCAGACACACACAGCACCUGAGUGUGGAGACCUCUUACUUGGCACAUGAGAGUGGAAGAGUGCAUACACAGUUUGACUUCCACCCUAGCCCUGGAAACCACAUCAUAUGGUAUGGGAGGAAGUGGAUCAGAGUGGAGAGGACCAGAGAGAAACAAAUGGUGGAUCUGCACACAGGAACGCCUUGGGAGUCUGUGACUUUCACUGCCUUAGGCAGAGACAGACAAAUCUUCUUUAACAUCUUACAAGAAGCUAGAGAAUUAGCCCUGAAGCAAGAAGAGGGGAGAACAGUCAUGUACACGGCGAUGGGUGCAGAAUGGAGACCCUUUGGGUUUCCACGGAGACGCAGACCCCUCAGCUCUGUGGUCCUGGAGUCCGGGGUAGGGGAGAGGAUUGUAGAUGAUGUGAAGGACUUCAUCGGAAACCCCAAGUGGUACACAGACAGAGGUAUACCCUACAGAAGAGGAUAUCUGCUGUAUGGACCCCCAGGAUGUGGAAAGAGUAGCUUCAUCACAGCACUGGCCGGUGAGCUGGGCUACAGCAUCUGUCUGAUGAGUCUGAGUGACCGUAGUCUCUCUGACGACCGUCUGAACCACCUGCUGAGUGUAGCCCCACAGCAGAGCAUCAUCCUGCUGGAGGACGUGGAUGCGGCAUUCGUCAGUCGAGAGCUGCUCCCCACAGAGAAUCCGAUGGCCUAUCAGGGAAUGGGAAGACUGACCUUCAGUGGUUUGCUCAAUGCUUUGGAUGGUGUGGCUUCAUCUGAAGCCAGAAUAGUUUUUAUGACCACCAACUAUAUUGAUAGAUUAGACCCAGCACUGAUCAGACCUGGACGAGUGGACCUGAAGCAGUUCAUCGGGCACUGCACACACUGGCAGCUGGCUCAUAUGUUCCGCCGGUUCUACCCAGACCAGCCUGUGUCUGAAGGAGAGCGGUUUGCAAAGCUUGCAUUAGAAGCUAAUGUUGAGAUCAGUGCCGCUCAGGUGCAAGGACACUUUCUGCUGCACAAAGCAGACCCGGCUGGUUCUAUUGAUGAUGUUGCAUUGAUAAAAGGAUGAUGAAGAGUUAUUGAAUAAAGAAAAAUAUGUCAAA